CAAACAAGCGACAGUUAAAAACUUUCUCAGUUUAAAAACCAGGUGAUGAUCAUUGUAGCUUUUCCCAGUUUUUCCAACUUUGUUGUAUAGGAGUUAAAAACGAUGUUAUGAUGGAUGUGGAUUUAUUAAGACCAGGCACAGUGCCGAUUUCACCAGACACGAUCCUUUGGUUCGAAUUCUUAUUGAAUCCAUCCUUAUUGCAGCAACAUUUAUCUAAACCUUUUCCUGAUCCCUCGGCUACAGAUUUGAUAAUUAAAUUCAUGACAAUAAAUUCUGAUCAAAAGGACAAUGAAGUAAAAAUUAUUGAUGCAGAAUCAAGUGAAGCGAAGCCUUCUGCUACAAACAAAUGGACCCACAGAAAUCUUGCACUAAAGAUUCUAUCUUUGAAAGUAGCCACCCACUUAAAAUGGGAUUUGGACAUUCUAGAGAAAAAGCUACCUUUACCGAUACAAAUAACGUUACUUCAGGAUCUUAUUUAUAUAACAUCAGAUAUAACCGUGGAAAUACCUGCUCUACCUGAAUUUUCUAUGCAGACAAUAUCUAAUCAGACCUUAUUUACAGUGGUUUUGUAUCAUAGAUGGCACAUCAGAGCAAUUAUUUAUAGAGCCUUAAAUAACAAACAGUCAAAGCAACAAUUUCUUCAUAUUCCAGGUAUUCAAGAAUCAACUUAUGUACCACCAGGAGUUGUAGAUGAUAUAGUUAGAAAAUUAGAAGCACAUGUGCCCACCAGUGUAAAUGUCUUAAAUAAUGUCGUGGAAAUGGAAGACUUGAAUCCAAAAAUUUUAUCUAUUGAUACCUUCCAAAUGUUAACUGAAGACAGCACAGAGAUUAAACAGAACUGGGAGAAUAUGUACUCUAUUAAUUUGGAUGAAUUUAAGUGUCAGAUACAUUAUGAUCUGGCUAGAUUUCAUUUAUUGAAAGAAGAAUAUCAGGAAGCAAAACGUCAUAUUAUACAGGCAAAAGAAUUAUUUUACAGACUUAGUAGCUCAGAAUUUGGGCUGUAUUGUAAAGUUCGAAAAGAAUUUUUGGAUGGUUGUUGCUUAGCAUGUGAAGUACCUCUAGAAGGAGUUGCUCCAAGUCUCACUCAACAAUUACAGACAUCAAUUAAAGAUCAAUAUACGAAUAUAUUGCAAAUCUUACAGGCUGAUAACAUUUCAAGAGAAAUUCCUCAAGUUUAUAGACACAACUUGGAACUUGAUAUACAAGGAGGAUCUGUUAAUAGAAAGCUUGUAGUAGCCCGUGAUCUUUUACUUCAAAUUCAGUGUUUAAAUUUAGUUAGGAAAAUCUUAGAUGGUAGUAUCAUUCUCGGUGAUUAUGUGACCGAAAUAAGAGCAGCUGGCACUAAAGGAGUUGAUGUGUUCUUCUGGGCUCUUAGUAAUGUUUUGGAAAAAGCAUCUGUUCUUGAUAAAAAACGCAUUUCUCGUUAUUUUCUAUAUCUUAUACAUACCAGCAAUAUUGAUGGAAUUGCUUCGAAAGUACUUGGCGAUUCUACAUAUAUAGCAUUGUUCGAAGAAAAGGAAUUGGAUGAAAUUAGAAAAUCAGUCGCUAUCGAAGAUCUAGAAGUACCAGAUCUGUUGCUGAAAAACGAUUGGGGUGUAUCAUUAGUAACAUACACCCAGAGUACAAGAAUAGAAAUGUUCGAAUUAGAACAGAGGUUAAUACAGUCGUACAACACCACUGAAAUUCAUGAGAUUUUAUUACAUUUGGAUGGGAAACAUCGAAUGAAGCCUUUAUGGCAUGUAAACAGUUGUUGGGAAUUACCUAUUCCCUUACAAAGUGUCGUAAUGUCUCUUCCUAGGGGUUUUCUUCAAGAUUAUUCAUACGUACUGCUUGCCAAAAGCAGAGAGUUGGUAAUGUCUAAAGAUUUUGAAGGUGCAAUAGAGAUUUUAACUGUGCUGGAAAAGGAAGGACAGCAACAUUCUCAAAGUGGGAACACGUUAAUAUUUAAGCUAUGUAAACUAGUAAAUUGGGAAUGUCUUCUUAUUGAGAUAUGGAGAUGUCUUCAUGUUUGGCCAGUGACAAAUAUAUGCGAUACACAAAGUCUAGUUACAAGAUGUAAACAAUGCCUUGGAGCAUUACAAGCAACGGAUCAAGUUAUUCCACGGCAAGAAAUCAUUGAGUAUUGCACCGUCUUUCUUUUAAACAUGACUGAAUGGGACUAUCUUACAAGUUUAGAAAAACGUUGGAGUUACACUGAGUUCGCGGCAGCUAUUAGUAGCGUUUGUCAAGACAUUGUUAAGUAUAAAGGCGGACGGAAGUUUCCUAGGGAAGCAUGGGACAUGGUUCUAGCUGCGUUUGGACCUACCAGAGAUCAACCGCAGAAACGCAGUAAUAGUGGAAAUAGUGGAACCACUGGUAGCGCUUCGAGAGACGUUGUUGUCAGCAUAGGAAGUACUCUCAGUAGACUGCGUGAACCUAUGGUUCUUACUGUCGUCAUCUCAUUAUUGGCACGUUUGCGGAACGUUUUACGCGAUGAAUCUAGCCUUGAAUUACACACGCAGUAUCUUUCUCUUUGGCCAGCGGGUGUACCAAAUGCCAACUCGUAUAACAUUAGGACCAUAGGAGAAUUAUUGUUUCAACUGUUGACACAAGCUUUGAAAUAUUAUCCAAGUAAUGUUCCUUGGUUGAGAUUGAUGGGGGAUCUUAAUUUUGUUUUAGGGUAUUACGAGAGUGCGAUGAAGUAUUAUUUAGAAGCUAUUAUGGUGGCUAGUGAUUUGUUUAGUCAACCAGUACCGCGACUACAGAUCGAUGAUCUCGUUUAUAGACGCAUGAUUAAGUGUUGCGCUCAUUUACAAUGUUAUACUCAAGCCGCCGUUUUGUGUCAGUUUUUGGAGGAAGUAGAUUAUUCUUUAGCGUUUAAAAUGGCAGCAAGCGAUCAAAAAAGUUGUGCGCCAGCUGACGCCAUGGAUGCAUACUAUCAUUGUAUUUGGGAUACGACAAUACUCGAGUAUCUGAUACAUUUGCACACUAAACGCGGUGAACAUCAUAGGAAACAGCUAGCGAUUAAAGUAAUUGGUCUCCUGGAAUUAAAUUCGAAUAAUAACGAGGAAAUACAACGGGAAGCAGCGAACAUUCGGAAGGCAAAAUUUUUAAGAGCAUUGGCGAAACAGUACGUGUAUUAGUGAAAACGUAUGUGUACAAAAUUCUGUAUGAUUGUAUAUCUUUUUAUUAUUUAAAUACAAUGUUUUUUAUAUU